ACGCAAACAUGACGCAUCUGGAGUUCAAAUGUUCACGAGGUUGGUAAUGGUUUCGUGGAGCAGCUUUGUGAUCUUGUGAGUCAUUUGGGGAGAUUGAGGCUGGACUAUGGAUUGUAAAACACUGCGGAUUUUCACCGCCUUCUCUCUGAAUGCAUUCUGCCUCUUUACCUCGGCUACCUCAGAUAUACCGGGUUGUGAUGUCACUUGGACUCCAUUUGAAAACAAAUGGUACACUUUUAUUCCAACUCUUGGAAAAGGCUACACCAUGGAAACAGCACAAGAAGCUUGCAAAGAUAUUGGUGCCAAUGUUGUCAGUAUACUUAGUGAAAAGGAAAAUCAAUUCAUUGCUGAUCAAUUGAAAAAGAGUAUGCAGUCUGACAGUAUUUGGUUGGGCAUGAUUUUCGAUACAGAUAGAAAUAUCCUUAUUUGGCUGGAUCAAUCAGAGGUAAAUUACUCCAAUUGGAAUCCUGGCAAGCCCUUGGGAACAUUGAAUGUUGACAUGUGUGCUGUCAUGGACACAAAGUCAGGCCAGUGGAGGACUGUUAAUUGUGACGAUGACUUUGGAAGAUCAGUCAUGUGUAAAACAACAACUUCUGUACCUGAUGGGGAAAAAUGCGCAUGGCGUAGCAAAAAUUUCUUGCCAACAAUAUUAGUUGUCACAUUAUCUGUGAUUUUGGUGAUAAUUUCAAUGGUUUCGUGGUAUGCAUAUAAAAGAAAAUAUCUCACUGCAAAUGGAUUUAGUUCUAUCCAGAACAACACAGCAGAUCAAGUUACGGAUAACAGCGCAUUGGUAGAAAAUGAAGAAAGGGAAUAUGAAGCGUAGCCGAUUAAUCAGACAGGAUAUUAAAUAAAAGUGUAUACAUAAUGAAACAGAGCCAUGUCGCCAGUGGUUAAUAGCUGGAAUAAUUUUUUAUAUGUUAAAACGUUUUACAUAUUCAACCUAUUUUACGAAAACAUACCAAAAGUUAGCUUUUAAAACUGGCAAAAAGACUUGUUUCAAAAAUUAGUUAACCGAUUGUAUUAUCUACGUAACUCAGCAAGAUCCUUCAUUUUGUCUUGCAUAUUUAUGGAAAGUAUUAAGAACAAAAACAGGUGUGAUUCAUUAUGGAUAUUUGCUGUGUAUAAGAUUCUGCUAUUUAAGUUUAGUCAUUUCAAUGAAUUUUUAUUUUUUACCCAUUUUGACCACUGAUUAAAAUUAUUGUUAUAAA